GGCUCUCUUUUCUUAUCCCUAUCCACAAUACCCUGAUGAUAUAAACCCCUUCUGUUAUAUAUUGCACCCGCUCUGUCUCUCCUCCUCUUCUAUUAGUCUUCAAGUUUCUCCAUAAAAAAGUAAAAUGUCAGACCAGGAAAAAGGUUUGCAGGAGGACCCGCAAUGGCUAGAACUCAAGCUCCCACGUUUGCUGUAUACCGAUACAGUUCAGGGACUCCACGCAACAAUCCAAAGUGAGUGGGACUCUCUCCGACGGUCGGCAUGCCAAACAGCAGCUGGAAGAGCCCUGUGGAAACAUGUGAUCCAUGACCCUUUUGCGGACUUGCUAGCAGGAGAGACAUAUCUCAAAAGCUUUCAUGAGAAGAUAAAGAAUGACCGCCUCAAAAAUGCUCGGGAAACUUCAGGGGUGAUUCUUGCAGUUCGGACACUCUGGUUUGAUUCGAAAAUUGAAGCUGCUCUGAGCUCCUUUAAUGGCGAGGGACAGGUUGUUCUCCUUGGCGCAGGAAUGGAUGCAAGGGCAUACCGUCUAAGCUGCUUGAAGGAAAGUGACGUCUUUGAGGUUGAUUUUCCUGAAGUUUUAGAGGUGAAAACCACUCUUCUAAAGGCCGCGACGGAAACAAUAGAUGAACACCUGCAUCCAAGAAUAACAGCAAAAUCCCUAAACAGAGUAGCAGCUGACAUUAGAAAUAAUGACUGGCUUGAAAAGCUCCAGAUAUCAGGGUUUGUGCCAGAGAAGAAGACAGUCUGGGUACUAGAAGGUAUCCUCUACUACCUCUCCCAUUCCCACGCCACGCAAGUACUAAGUAUCAUAGCUGAUAAAUGUGCACUUGCCCGCACAGUGCUCUUGGCGGAUUUCAUGAACAAACCAUCGACCACACUGUCAAAUUCCAUCUUCCACUUCUACAGUGAUUGGCCCGAUCAUCUACUUCCAUCUCUAGGAUUCUCUCACGUAAAGCUUUCACAGCUUGGUGAUCCUGAUGCUCAUUUUGGACUCAUGAACGACCCUUUGAAUCUGUUCAACAAGCUUCGCAGCUUGCCCAGGUCAGUGCAAACCCACCCGGAUGAUGGAACACCAUGCUGUCGCUUAUAUUUGGUAGAGGCUUCUGGUUUGCCCAGUCAAAGUAACCAAUAGAUACAGUCUGGUCAUGAUGUAGGAAUUAUAGGUGUAACCACCAUUGCUUUUAGUGUUGCCUGCGGAAUACAAAAAUGCAUUUGAAGUAUGUUAUUUGAAGAAUGUUGCUUCAGUAAGAAUGCAAAAGUACACACUGGGAUACAAUUUCUUAUUCCCUGGAAAAGAAAUCAUCACAGAUCUUUAUUUCA